UGGCGGGGGAGGGACCUUUCCCCAUGGGGGCGGGGUCAGUUUGGCGGGAGAUUCAGAAACUGGCAGAGCGGCGCGGGCGGAGAGGCGAUUUUGUUUUUGUUUUUUUUAUAAUUAAUGCUAUUGUUCUUACAAAACGUCGAUCCGGACACCAUUGAUGCGUGUUGCAUGAACUCUUUUUAGAAUGGGAGACCUGGCUUUUUAUGUGGUUUUUGGCACCGAAGAGCGGCCGCGCAAACUGUGGAGCGACGGCGCCUGCGGCCAGUUCUCGGUGGGGGUGCCGGCCGUGCCCCCCGAGCUGCUGGUGGUGUUCGGAUGUGGAGAGUGGGCCCCAGGAGGGGCGGAGGUCGCCGUGGAGCUGCGGGGGCCCGGAGAGGAGGCCCUCCCCCUUGGGAAACUCACCCCGCACUGCAGGUGUCUGCUGUGGGAGCCGGGCCGAUCGGCGGACUGGGAGAAGUGGGCAAGCAAGAUGGGGAGCUCUGGUCUCAGUCUGAGACUGCGUGUUCAGGGAGAGGAGGACAGCGCCAGGGCGGGGCAGCAGGGCAGCCAGGAACCGACCACAGAGGCCACCACAACGCCCCCCUCAGGCAGGGCGAAGAGGAAGAGGGGACAGCUGGGCUGGGAGGAGGGGCAGGGGCAGGAGAACGUGCCCCCCAGCGUCCCCCCGGCUGAGGCCCAGCGCCGAGUCCGCAGUCACCCCCGCCCCGGCCACACACGCCCCUUCACCCCCGUACAGCCCUGCAGGCCCGAGGGCAAGAGCAAGGCCCCAGCGUGCGGAGCCGAACCCUCAGGGCGCUGGGGCCACACCCUGUGCCCCAUCGGCUCCCAGACGGCCAUCCUGAUCGGCGGACAGGGUUCGAGAAUGCAGUUCUGUAAGGACCCCAUGUGGAAGCUCUGCACAGAGGACCUCUCCUGGGUCGCCGCGGAGACCAUCGCGGACGGCCCCACCCCUGACUGCCGGAUUGGUCACACGGCGACCUUCGACCCGGAAAAGAAACGGAUUUACGUGUUCGGCGGCUCCAAGAACAAGAAGUGGUUCAACGACGUCCACAUCCUGGACACGGUCAGCUGGCGCUGGACCAUGGUGGAGGCACAGGGCAAGGUGCCCCCCCUGGCCUAUCACACCUGCAGCCUGUUCCGGGGGGAGCUGUUCGUCCUGGGGGGGGUGUUCCCGCGCCCCCACCCCGAGCCCGACGGCUGCAGCGACUCUCUCUACAUCUUCAACCCCGAGCUGGGCAUCUGGUACCAGCCCAUCGUCCUCGGCGACCGGCCCGCGCCGCGAUCCGGGCACUCCGCCUGCGUGAUCCGGGGAAAGAUCUACAUCUUCGGAGGCUGGGACACGCCCAUCUGCUACAACGACACGCACGCGCUGGACCUGGGUCUGAUGGAGUUCUCUGCUGUGGAAGUACGUGGAGCGCCCCCUUCCCCCCGGAGGUAUAACUGCACCCUCUGUUUUUUUUUUGUUUUUUUUUUAGUUGUUGUUCCAAAUCAGAAAUGCCAGUUACAAUCACCUCAGUAUCAGGAGCAGAUGAAGUGCAGGUCAGUGGUGGACAGUUGUGGGGCACUGAGAGUGCAGGUCAGUGGUGGACAGUUGUGGGGCAGUGAGAGUGCAGGUCAGUGGUGGACAGUGGGAGACAGUGGUGGACAGUUGUGUGGCAGUGAGAGUGCAGGUCAGUGGUGGACAUUGGGAGACAGUGGUGGACAGUGGUGGGGCACUGAGAGUUAUGGACAGUGGGGGACAGUGGUGGACGUUCCCUUCAGGCCCGGAACUGUGCCCGGUCGCUCUCGGUGUUGGGGGUUAACCGUGCGCACCCCGUCUCUUGCAGAGAGCAGCACGUGGACGGCCAUCGUGCACCCCCUCCUGACGGCCACGCCCCGCGCCGGCCACACCAUCGUCGCCCUGGGAGGCGCAGAGCAGGACCCCGCGGAUCCGGAGGGCCCAGAGGGCCCCGAGCCCCGUCCACACGCGCUGCUGGUCUUCGGGGGCGGGGACAACGAGGGCGCCUUCUUCUCCGACAGGCUGACCCUGAAGAUCGACGAGCUGCUGGGCCAAUAGGGCCCCGCCCGGCGGAGCUGGGGGUCGCUGUCUCUAUGAGCGGGUUUGGCGCGUGGAGGCGCGCGCGGUCGUGGGCCCGUGCCCUGUCAGGCCCUGCUGCUGCGUGUGUUUUUGUCACUGAAGAUGCUGACGGGCUUCUGCUGAUGAGCUCUGUUCCGCGUGGGAGGCCCGUGCCUGAUCCAGCGUGUAGGCCGGGGCGCUGUGGUGGAGCAGGGGGUUCAGUUCUGGGUGUGGGGUGCUGUCUGUGUGGAGUCCGCACGUUCUCCCCCGUGUUUGUGUGGGUGUCCUCCCACAGUCCACAGUCC